ACAAAAAUGAUAGUGAUAAUGAUAAGAAAAUCCCGGUGCAAUGGAAGAAUCCAUAACCAAUGGGAAUAUUUCCCCAUGCGGUAAAUGCGAUGGUAAUACAAUUCCGGAAACAGAAAUGUAAUGUUAUGCUAAGACAAUAUUACAACUUAUAGUCUGAACGGUUUUUGUCGUAUAAUUAUACUGCGGAAGCACACGUGUCUUUCUAUAGGCACGCAUGAAUAGCAAACAUCUGAUUUUAUUUUAAUAGUCCGGGUCCCAUCAACACCUCGGUCGACAAGCAAGGAAUAUGUCGCCUUAAUGCUAGCCUGCCAAGUGACAGAGUUGAACUAUACCGUUCAGGACGCAUGCUCGUAUUAAUAAAUAAUGGGGUAUGAAAGCUAAAUGUAUAGCUCUGAAUGUGCCUGAUUUGUCAGAUAAACAGUUGUAUGCAUGGAGAUUCACAUUAGGAUCACAGGAAAGUGCUGAUAACAGAAAUCAAGUGGUUUUUUUCUCACUUUUUACUUCAAAUGUAUGAGGAUUCAAUACAAAUGUUCAUAAAUUGAACUUGCUUUAUUCAAAAAGAUUUAUGCACCGCCUAUUCUCAUGAAAGGAAUUAAGGAAUGGUGAUACAUAUUAGGAGUUUAAUUUAACUAAUUAGUUAUUGUAAGGACGAACGAUUGGCUAUCUACGUAUUGAAAGAACAUCAUAAUAUAGCAGGCUUAAACAGAACACAACAUGUUUCAACCUUUCAAGUUGUUUAUGGAAUACACUACAGUACAUGGACUUGGACGCAUCGCCUCUGUUAAACAUAUUAUUCACAAAUUGCUCUGGCUUGCAUUGUUUCUAGCCUCAAUAGGGAUGUGUAUAUAUCAGGUUACUCGGCUAGGGCAACAGUUUACAUCUAACCCGAUCAGCACCACGAUUUCACUGGAACAUGGACCACAGGAGUUCCCGGCUGUCAUCAUCUGUAAUCUCAACCCAGCAAGUUUUUCUAAAAUUGUCGGGAUAAAGGAAUUCCACCACAUCCUGGCAGAAGCUUCAGACCACAGUGGCAUUCUAUUAGAAAAAUUUAAAAACGCUAGUGGAAUGACAAACCCGCUGCCGAAUUUCACGCAUACAUCAACAUUCAAUCUCAACCAGUAUCACCAUCCACUGGGCAUGGCAAAGAAACUGUUCGAAGCGCGUCUGGCGAACAUGUCCACCGAGGACCUUACUGCCAUUAACGAGGAAUUCCAAAGGUUUAUAGUUGACUGUAAAUACUACAGCAAGAACUGCAGCGUGAAAGAUUUCGACAUUGUUCGCGAUGGAGGGCAUGGUAUUUGUUACAAGAAGAUUCCAGACUUAUACUACACGGAGAGUGCUGGCCCAGAAGCUGGACUAGAAGUGAUUGUAUCUGUCUUACAAUCCGAAUAUAUCCCUUACGUUGCGGAGUCAACCGGAGUCCGCAUCAUUAUACAAGACGAUGCCACUGAAGUCUUCGCUGAUAAUGGAUUCAACCUCCCGACUGGCUUUGAUAUUGACAUAAGUGUUGCUGUAUCGGAGACCAAUAGAGUGUCGGGACCUGACGAACGAUGUGAGGAAAAUACCAAGUGGCAACGGAAGUUGGCUUGCAUGCGGAACUGUUCCAUAGCAUACGCAUCAGAAUAUUGUGAAUGUUCACCUUACCAUGGCUACAGCGACGAGAUUGAGAGGAUAUGUAUGACCGUGGAAGAAAUGAACUGCUUCAAGAAAGAAACUGAGAUCAUGAUGAGGAGUUCUAUUUGUACAGCCUGCAAAUUUCCGUGUUUUGAGAAAACCUACAAAACCUCUGUUUCUAUGGCGAGAUGGCCGUCCGAUGCCUACACAGAAAUCCUAGCAACAGACUAUGACUGGGGAGAGAAAAUCGAUAAGAUUAGGGCUGAUUACAUGCGCAUUCGUGUGUAUUUCUCAUCGCUUACCAAGGAAAUCAUCAAAGAAGAGCUGUCUUAUACGUCUGAAAACUUCGUCAGCGACAUUGGUGGACAGCUUGGACUGUGGGCAGGACUGUCUGUGCUAAGCUUGGCUGAGGUGGUGGAACUCAUCGUCAUCUGGGUCACACACUGCUGCAAGAAGAAAAACAGGACCGGUCAGUCGGAUAUACCAGACAAAAUGGCAGACUGACAGACUCAGAGAGCACAGAUAGGAAGAUUGUGACUGGUCAGCUGAAAUGCUGGGGAUACUAAUGUUUGUCUGUUUUUAUAGUUGUGUUAGAUGGAAAUUAAGUAUGCUUAUUUUUUAUAUUUCUAUUAUCACUGAAAAGGAGAAUAUCUUAGCUGUCGUUUAGUCAUUACUUUUAUCUAUAUUUUGAUUAGGUAUAACCUAAAAUAGUUAUGUGGUGCUUUUUGUAAUGGGACCAGUCAGGUCACAAUGGUGUUUCACACUACAUAUUGCACUAGCUACGUUUGUAAGUAAUGGGAGGAUGGAAAGCAAAUAAUGAUGGAAUGUUUAUUUCAAAAUGAUCAUUAACAUUUUAUUAUGUGAUGCAUAUUUGUACCAUUGUUGAUUUAAGGACAUUGGGUAUAGGUUUAAUUGAGUUGUAUACGUUUUCUGAUUGUUAUGUGUCUGCAUACCAAACGUAGUUUAGUUCUCUUGUACACUAGUUCAAACAUUCGUAUAUUUCUGUAUUUGGAAACCACAUCAAAAGGUAAAAGUAAUACAUGUUCAUAGCAUACAUGCACUAUUCCAACUAGUAUAUCCAUGUAUGCAGUGCGAAUCAAUAUGCUAUACAAAUGUAGUAAAGUCUGUGACAAUGGAUAAUCGACUAAGAGAUCCAGAACGUUCGGGUUAUUAUUGUUCUUUUAGGCUUAGGACAUCGACAAAAUAAAAAUACAAUGUGCAUAUGUAUUUCUAAAUGCCAAUGGCAUGUGGUCUAAAAAGAGACAAACAUCGUCCUGUUUGAACACGAAGACAGAACACUUGUUAAAAAAAUAACAAAUUAUACCAGGAUUUCUGAUUUCUGGUAAGGAAUACUAGCCAAAUACAUUUCAAUACCGACAGAAAUUAUUCUAUAUUAAUACUAUAUUUCCAUAGAUUGUUUAUUGUCUCUAUUCAAAAGAGUUUCAAAACUUCUAGAAAAUUUGACACCCAUCUGAUAUAGGUAUACGAAUUCAUUAUGAUUUUGGUUACUUGAUUACACAUGCAUGGUGACAAAUUGAUGUAUUUUGAAAAAAAAGUCUCGCUCUUAGUUUUCCAACAUACAGUUGUUUAGGAGGUGCCAUCAUGGGGACGGACAAUGACUGUAAUUUACAUUGUGUAAGCAUACAUCCUGAACGUGCAUGCAUAUAUAUAUAUAUUAUUGAACAAACCGUAAUUCUGGCAGAUGAAAGAAGUUAUUUGCUAUUUAUAUAAUCAAUUGUCGGACUAAUAAUUACCUUUUUGCGGAUGUUUUAAUAAUAUUCAUUUUAAUUAAAUGUCAGACCAUAAUUGUAUAACAGAAUCCCUCCAGGAGAUGGCUAAUAAGAUGCUUUGUUACCUGCAUUUUUGUUCAAUCUUAUGCGUUGUUUUGGCUGUUUUAAUAAAUAUUGUUUGUCACGUAA